AUGAAGAGCACACGCAAACUACAGCCCAGUGAUAUCGUGAUUCUUGUAUUGGGACUGACCGGCGCUGGAAAAAGCACUUUCAUCAACAAAGCUAUGGGAGAAGAUGUAUUGGACGUUGGCCACACCUUGGAUUCGUGCACACAAGACAUUAGUUGUGUUCCUUGUCUUUGUCCUAACGACAGUAGCCGCCACAUUAUCUUCGUUGACACCCCUGGCUUCGAUCAUUCAUCCGGCGAUGACGAGAGGAUUUUGCAACAUAUUGCAGAGUGGCUUGCGAGAGCUUAUAGAGCAAAAACGAAAAUAGCCGGGAUCGUUUAUCUUCACGAGAUAUCACUGACCCGCCACGGGGCCUAUUCGAAAACAGCGUUAGACAUCAUCAGUAGGCUCUGCGGGGAAGCUGGCCUCAAGAAUGUCAUUCUCGCAACGACGAAGUGGAACGACCUUCAAGUGGAAGCUGCAGCGCAGAAACGGGAGAAACAGCUACAGGUUGACUGGACGCGCAUGCUUGACCACGGGUCAAGGAUGGCACGGUUCUAUGGUACAACGCAGUCGGCUUUAGACAUUGUCGAGCUAAUUCUACAAAAACCCCCAAUUGAUAGCCUACAGAUUCAGCAGGAGAUGGGUCGGUACCGCAAGGGUUUCUCCGAAACUGAAGCCGCAAAGACGCUCAGGAAGUACAGACUCGCCUAA